CGCCCUCGUGUGGCCACCUUUAACAUCUCACGUCAGACCCAAAUUCUCUCCAGCUUCAGUUUCUGGUCGAGCAGAUUUAGUGCAACACCACCGCGCUGCUACUAAGCAAGCAGGAUGGUCCUCUGUGCUGCGAGGAGCAGCCUCUGCUGCGGCGUCUGGAUCAGGCAGCUGCAGAGGCGGGCCCACGGCGGUGUUUACUCCAGCGUCCAUGGCUUCAGCCACGAUGAGGUCAGACAGAAGCUGGAGGCCUUCCCCGGAGGCUCCAUCGAUCUUCUGAAGCAGGACUCUGGCUUAGCCGUGAUGACCAUCAACAACCCGUCUCGUAUGAAUGCCUUCUCCGGCAGCAUGAUGGUGGACCUGGAGGAGAAGGUGACCCAGCUGGAGAACUGGACCAACGGAAAAAGCCUGAUUGUUCGUGGUGCUGCUGAGACGUUCUGCUCUGGGUCGGACCUCAACGCCGUCCGAGCCAUAUCCAACCCGCAGGACGGGAUGAAAAUGUGCAUGUUCAUGCAAAAUACUCUUACAAGACUGCUCAGGCUGCCUCUGGUCUCUGUUGCUGUUGUGGAGGGGAAAGCGUUAGGAGGAGGAGCGGAGCUCACCACUGCCUGUGAUUUUAGAUUAAUGGCACCAGGUAGCGUGAUCCAGUUUGUCCAUAAACACAUGGGUCUGGUUCCAGGCUGGGGGGGUGCUGCACGACUCGUUCACCUUGUAGGAAGCCAGAACGCUCUGAAGCUGCUGGGCGGGGCGGUAAAAGUGGACUCCGAGCUGGGCUUGCACAUGGGCCUGGCAGAUGGAGUCCUGGAGGACCAUCAGGGAGCUGGGGGGGCGGACACCGUCCUGCAGCAGGCUGAGGACUGGCUCAGUCGCUACACCAGAGGACCCGCUCCAGUGAUCCAGGCUGUGAAGAAAGUGGUGCUUUCGGGAAGGGAGCUCCCUCUGUCCGAGGCUCUGAGGACGGAGAAGAAUGUGUUCGGGACAGUGUGGGGGGCGGCAGCUAAUCUGGAGGCCCUGGCCAGCAAGUCCAAACAUAGAUGAGGCGUUUGAGUCAUGAUUUAAAAUAAAGUGCAUGCUUGUUCUGUGCAUGAACUCAUGGUGGGAUGCAGAGCCAAUCAGAAGCCUCCUUGGGAACAUCUGAGGAUACUAGAGUGGUUUGGCCGUGAUUGUGUCAGACGUCAGAUUAGGGCUGGGCGAUAUGGCCUAAAAUCAAUGUUACCAUAUACUGAGGAUUUCACCUGGAUAACGAUAAAUGAUAACUACAGGUAUGCAGAAACAAAAGUGUCCACUAGAUGGGGCUGUGUCACAUUUUUAUGAGACUCAAGGUGGUACAGCUUCUUAAAGGGUCACGAACGCUGCUGAACUACACACAUCAUUUCAUUUUUUAAAUGAAUUUAGACAUAAAAAUGAUCUCAAGUCAGAAAUUUAGAUGAUGAUAAAUUUUUGAUUUAUUGCCCAGCCCUACGUCAGACCCCUCCCAUCUCUGAAAAUCUUUUGUAAAUAUUAAACUAAUCCAGUUUUGAACAUCGGUUCACGUCACACAUUACUUUUGUAAAUAAUAGAAAUAAACCUUUUGUAAGAGUA